AUGGCGACGGACCGGAGCGGUGCGGCGAACGGCAUCACGCCGCAAAGAGUUAUUCUCAUCACUGGCGCAAACUCUGGGAUCGGCUAUGACCUGACAGCGGCGCUGGCCGCCUCCCCCGGAAACCAUGUCAUCAUGGGAUGUCGCAAUUAUGAGCGUGCCGCCAGAGUCCUACAGCAGCUUCAUAUACUAGGCCACGCGGGAACCCUCAGCCUACUCGAGGUAGACAUCACAGACGACCAAAGCAUCAGCCAGGCGGUGGAAAAGCUCACCGCGGAUUUCGGUGUCAUUGACGUCCUGGUCAAUAAUGCGGGAAUAGUGAUGCGUAACUUUCCAGAUCGACGGUCUGAAAUCCUGGAUACGAUGAACACCAAUUCUGUUGGUCACCUGGUACUCACGGAAGCUUUGGCGCCGCUUCUUCAGCAAUCAGCGGAUCCUCGAAUCAUCAAUGUGUCAUCUGGACUGGGUUCUAUCAAUGGCCGACUAGACCCGAAUGAUCCGACAUACGGCAUUAAUUCAGACGCGUACAGAAUGUCAAAGGCGGCGCUCAACAUGGCCACGGCGUGCAUGUAUGCAAAUUACAAGGUGUGGGGGGCGAAGGUUUGGGCAUAUUGUCCUGGGUAUGCGAUUACGAAUUUGACGGGAGAGGGAGAUAGAGGGAGGAGGGAGGAAACUGGGGCUGUGAGUUCGUCUGUAAGUGCUGCAGGCAUUGUUGACAUUGUGGAUGGGAAGAAGGAUAGUCAUGUUGGGCGUUUUUUGCAAGUCGGCGGUAGGAUAUUACCGUGGUAG